AUGUCUGGCUCCGGGCGAAAGGACUUCGAUGUGAAGCACAUCCUGCGCCUCCGCUGGAAACUCUUCAGCCACCCGUCGCCGGCCCCCGGCGGCCCUGCGGGGGGCGGCUGCCUGCAACAGGACGGCAGCGGCAGCUUCGAGCACUGGGGGCCCAGCCAGAGCCGCCUGCUCAAGAGCCAAGAGAAGGGCAGCGUGAGCACUUUCUGGAAGAAGCCUUCCUCUUCCUCCUCUUCUUCGUCCUCCUCCCCGUCCUCUUCCUCCUCUCCCUUUAACCCGCUGAAUGGCACCCUGCUGCCAGUGGCCACCAGGCUGCAGCAAGGGGCGCCCGGGCAGGGCACCCAACAGCCAGCCCGGACUCUCUUCUACGUGGAGUCUCUAGAGGAGGAGGAGGUGCCAGGCAUGGACUUUCCGGGACCACACGAUAAAGGGCUGGUCCUGCAAGAGCUCCAAGUGGAGCCGGCCGGCUCGAGCCAGGCAACAGGUGAAGGAUGUGGACACAGGCUGACAGCAACUAGCCAUUCAUUGACACCUCAAAGUGAUAUGGAUUCCAGUAGCUCUGAAGAAUUCUAUCAGGCUGUUCACCAUGCUGAGCAAACAUUCAGAAAAAUGGAAAGUUACUUGAAACAACAGCAACUCUGUGAUGUUAUUUUGAUUGUUGGGAACCGAAAGAUACCUGCACACAGGCUUGUUCUGAGCUCAGUCUCCGACUAUUUUGCUGCCAUGUUUACAAGUGAUGUUUGUGAAGCCAAGCAAGAGGAGAUUAAGAUGGAAGGCAUAGACCCCAAUGCCCUCUGGGACCUUGUUCAAUUUGCAUAUACAGGUUGCUUGGAAUUAAAGGAAGACACCAUUGAAAACCUUCUUGCUGCAGCAUGCCUCCUUCAGCUUCCUCAAGUGGUGGAAGUGUGCUGCCAUUUCCUCAUGAAGCUCUUGCACCCGUCCAACUGUCUGGGGAUCCGUGCCUUCGCAGAUGCUCAGGGGUGCAUUGAGUUGAUGAAGGUGGCCCACAGCUACACAAUGGAAAACAUAAUGGAAGUUAUGAGAAAUCAAGAGUUUUUACUGCUUCCAGCUGAGGAGCUUCAUAAACUCCUGGCCAGUGAUGAUGUAAAUGUUCCUGACGAAGAAACUAUCUUCCAUGCAUUAAUGAUGUGGGUCAAGUAUGACAUGCAGAGGAGAUGCAAUGACUUGAGUAUGCUUCUUGCCUUUAUAAGACUGCCGCUGCUUCCACCACAGAUAUUGGCUGACCUAGAAAACCAUGCUUUAUUUAAGAAUGAUCUGGAAUGUCAAAAGCUGAUUCUGGAAGCAAUGAAAUAUCAUCUGUUGCCAGAAAGAAGAACUUUAAUGCAAAGUCCAAGGACUAAACCUAGAAAAUCUACAGUUGGAACUCUAUAUGCUGUAGGAGGAAUGGAUAAUAACAAAGGAGCUACAACUAUAGAGAAAUAUGACCUAAGAACAAAUUUGUGGAUCCAGGCAGGGAUGAUGAAUGGCAGGAGAUUGCAGUUUGGUGUGGCUGUUAUUGAAGACAAACUCUUUGUAAUUGGAGGUCGAGAUGGCUUAAAGACAUUGAACACCGUUGAAUGUUACAAUCCCAAAACCAAGACUUGGACUGUCUUACCACCAAUGUCAACACACAGACAUGGUCUAGGUGUAACAGUACUCGAAGGUCCUAUAUAUGCUGUGGGAGGCCAUGAUGGCUGGAGCUAUCUGAACACCGUGGAGAGGUGGGACCCCCAGAGUCAGCAAUGGACAUUUGUAGCCAGUAUGUCCAUUGCCCGAAGCACAGUGGGUGUAGCAGCGUUGAAUGGCAAGUUAUAUUCUGUUGGAGGUCGUGAUGGAAGUUCCUGUUUGAGUUCAAUGGAAUAUUAUGACCCUCAUACAAAUAAGUGGAACAUGUGUGCUCCAAUGUGUAAAAGGAGAGGGGGUGUUGGAGUGGCUACAUGCGAUGGUUUUCUCUAUGCAGUAGGAGGUCAUGAUGCUCCUGCUUCCAAUCACUGUUCCCGGUUACUAGAUUAUGUAGAAAGAUAUGAUCCCAAAACAGACACAUGGACCAUGGUGGCUCCUUUGAGUAUGCCCAGAGAUGCUGUUGGAGUCUGUCUCCUUGGUGACAGACUGUAUGCCGUUGGUGGCUAUGAUGGGCAGACUUACCUCAACACUAUGGAAUCCUACGAUCCACAAACAAAUGAGUGGACACAGAUGGCUUCUUUGAAUAUUGGGAGAGCAGGUGCCUGUGUGGUAGUCAUCAAGCAACCUUGACUUAUUUUUAUUUGGAGAGAUUUUAUUUGCUGGAGUGGUUAUUUUUAUAUCAGAGGGCAAGAAUGAGAACUUCCUGAGAUGAAAAUUCUUCAAGAACAAGGAUUUCUGUAGAUUUACCUACUGCUGUCAAAAGAGGUAGAAGAUCAAAGAAUUAAUAGGAAUCGAAAUAAACAUCAAACUGCUAUGGGAACAAUGUCUGGCCGUAUAUUAGUUCAGGAACGGUUAUUGGUAAUUUGUUUUGUAUUGUAGCAUACAAUAACUAAAGUUACCAAAGGCUUGUUUUUCUUGAGCAAUUAAAAGGAAAGACCAGUAUUUGUGACAUGGAUAAUUUCGUGACUACAACUCCAUUGUUUUAUAGUUUGUGGCAAUAUCAAAGAGGUCGAAGAUACGAUAUUUAAUCUGAUAGAAUCUGAUUGGCUUACUAUUUUCCUAAUCAGAUGUGGUCAUUCUAGGAGGCAGAAAGACGUUUUAUUAAAACAAACACGUUUCUUCCUCAUUUUCUAAACUAUGAGGACAAUUAGAGAAACAGAUUAAUGCCUGCUCCUUGCAUUCAGAAAACAAACCGUUCUGUUAAUCAAAGCUGCAUAUGUCAUCAGUGAGGAUGGUUGAAUUUUAUUGCAACCAUAUUAGCAAUCUGAAGCUGGCAAACACAAAGGAUUGUUUUCAUUAGGCUUACCACAUUGCUUUGCUUUUUAAACACACUGAGCCAAAGAAUCAGUACAAUUAUGGGCUUUUGCCUCAUGUUGAGUUCAGUGUAAGCAUGGAAGCUAGUUAUUCUGAAUGUUAUAUAUAUCCAUUGCAUGUUAACGUCCUUUAGAAUUUUGUUCAUGAAAAGCAGACAAACAAAAAAAAUCUUAGGAUUUUGGGAGAAAAAUCUAUGAUCCAUUCAUUUGGAGUGUUAAUGAUCAUUGUUAGAAGGAAGUCAGACUUCUGAUCCUCAUUUCCCUCUUUUCAAACUUGUUACAUUGAUAUGCACAUUAUUUUAUGCCAAAUGUUUGUAAUUGU